GGAGGAGGGAGAAAUGCAAAAAAAAGAAAGACCAGGGAGUCCCUUCCUUUCCUGUUCCGCCUUCACCCUCCAUUCCUUCCCAACCUUUUGCACAAAGUAGCUUCAUCUCCCUCUUUUAAUUCCUCCAAGCGGCAGUUCUGGGGUGGUUGCAUUGAAGGCGCCUGAGAACCUGAGAGGCUGGGGCUGCUGAAUUUUGUGCUUUGUAUCCACAGGGCAGUGACCUCUACCCAUCAGGACCAUUUGCAAAUGACUGCUGGCUGCAGGAUCCCUUAGCCAAACAGCAACAUCUCCGUCGCCCCACACGCCGCAGGAUCACGGAACGACGGAGCAGAGGAACCUUCCCGUCUCUCUUUCUCUCCCACAGCGGUCGGUGUCCCUCCAGGCCGACGGCUGUGACUGGAGCUCCGGCAGGUCUGAGAUGGGAUAAGGCCCCUACCGAUGGCCUCCAAGAAAGCCGUUCCGAAAGAAGGGGGUGCGCCGUCAGCCCUGCGCCUCCAGGCCUCUCGAGAGCUCCGGGUGAAAAUGGAGGAGAAGAGCCUUGCCUGCGGUGCCAAGCCGGCCGAGGGGGCGAGGAAAGACCCUCGUUCGGCACCAGCCGGUGGCGCCCGGGAGUUCCUGAGGCGGGUGACGCCGCAGCAGAUCAAACAGGAGCCGGAUGUGGGCUUGGCCCAGCGCUGGGAAGCCCAGUGGCAGGAGUUCCUGAAGGUGGUCCAGUCCCCUCAUGCCGGGUGGGGGAGCUCGCCGCUGCCGGAACUCGUGGCCUUCAAGGACCCCAAGGGCUUUCCGGCCUCGGGUGGGGCGGCCCCACAGGGCUUCGUGCGGGGGGGCGGCUGGAAGGUCAAGGAAGAGGUCCUAGAAGAGGAUGCAGCGAGCGCUGAAGCCCAGCGCCACCGGUUCCGGCACUUCAGCUACCGGGAGGCCGAGGGGCCGCGGGACGUCUGUGGGCGGCUCCGGGAGCUGUGCCACCAAUGGCUGAAGCCGGAGAGGCACACCAAGGAGCAGAUCCUGGAGGCGCUGGUCCUGGAGCAGUUCCUGGCCAUCCUGCCGUCGGAGAUCCAAGGCUGCGUCAGGGAGCGCGGGCCGGAGACCUGCGCCCAGGCGGUGGCCCUGGCCGAGGGUUUCCUGCUGAGGCAGCAGGAGGCGGAGAGACCCCAACAGCUGGUUCUAGAUUCCUUUGAAGAAGUGACGGUGAAUUUCCCGAGGGUGCAGCAAGUUUGCCUGGGAGCUUCUCGGAAACAAGCAGGGAGCAGGCUGCUCAGCGAACAGGAGAGGGAGGUCCUUCUGCAACAGCGGGAAUAUCUCGAACGGGAGAACCCUGGCGGGGCGUUGGCGCCAAAGCCACGCGGGAGCCUCUCUCAGCACCACGAGCUGGAGAAGGCCUCUGAGAACCAGCUGCGGGUGGAGAGGCACCUGGCCAAGCGCCUGCCGGAGGCCGUCCCAUGCCGGGUGGGCUACAAGGACCUGGGCGAGAUCCUCUUCCAGGAGAACCAGCGGCAGAAGCGGUGCGUGGUCCUGCGCCGGAGAAUCCACACCGAAGAGCGCUUGUACAAGUGCCAGGACUGCCGGAAGAGCUUCGACCACCGCUCGCACUUCAUCCGCCACAAGAAGAUCCACACGGGGGAGAAGCCCUUCCAGUGCGCCGACUGCGGCAAGAGCUUCAACCGCAACUCCAACCUCACCACCCACAUGAGGACCCACACGGGGGAGAAGCCCUACAAGUGCGCCGACUGCGGCAAGAGCUUCCGCUGGAGCUCGGACUUCAUCGUCCACGAGAGGACGCACACGGGAGAGAAGCCCUACAGCUGCGCCGACUGCGGCAAGGCUUUCCGGCGCAGCUCCAACCUCACCGCUCACGAGAGGACGCACCGGGGAGAGAAGCCCUACAAGUGCUUGGACUGCGGGAAGAGCUUCACGCGGGGCCUCUACCUCAUUGCGCACAAGAAGACGCACAUGGGCGAGUGAGGGGCGUGGUUUCUCCGGGGGUGGGUGGGGUGUUUCGGCAUGACCCACAUUUUGGAUGGGGUAGGGGGCUGGCUCCGGGCUGCACCCAUCUAGCAAGGCAGCGAUACAGGAGGGCUGUUUCUUCAACACCCUUCCUUGGGAGCUUCCUGGAAGCAUCCGAUUGGCUAGGAACCCGGAUGCCAGACUUAGACCCUCUUGGUCAGAUCCAGUGGGCUCUCCUUGCGUUUUCUUCGUGUGAAGAUAAAACCAGGCAGCUGCGUCUUUCGAACUGCAAACGGCCAGGCCUGGUUUUGGACAGUUGGCAACCUUCCCCUGCUAUAGGCAGUUGCCUCAUACCAGGUCGUGCUAUAAGUUGGUCUAGUUCGGUAUCUUCCACUACAGAGAGGGGAAACAGAUGAGGCUGGACUCCCAGAUCAGCCCCAGGCAGCCUGGCUCAAUGGUCAGGGGCGACCAGAGUUGUUAUUACAGCGGAACCUCGGUUUUCGAGCAUCUCAGAAGCCGAACAAUUUGGAACCCGAACGCCGAAAACCCAGGAGUAAUUGCUUCCGUUUUCGAACGCGCCUUGGAAGUUGAACGGCUUCCAAGACGCGUUUUUCAUUUCUUCCCAUUGACUUUGCGGCCAGCCCAUUGAUCCUCUGUUUUCGAACGUUUUGGGAGCCCAACGGUCUUCCGGAACGGAUUACGUUCGAAAACCGAAGGUACCACUGCGUUAUUACCUGUUCCAAAUUGUAGCGCCUUCCACGCAUGCAAUGUACAAAAUUCAAGGAGAGCAGCAGAGAGGUGGUUUAAAAAGACACAGACCAGAACAUGAAUUUAAAAAACUCCAAACCACACACUUGCUACUUCAGGGAGCGUGUGGCCCCAUUCAGGGCAGGCAACUUAGCAGCUUCCUGGACCAGAGAACCUCUCACUUUAUUAACCCUCCCCCUCCCUCCCACCGCAUCCAGGCCCCAGUCCUGGGCCUUCCCAGCCAUUCCCGAUUCAGAUGUUUCAGAGAGACAGAGUUAGGCAUGCAUGCAUGGAUGCCUUAGUUUCGAUGCCUGCGUUGCGGGGCGGUUGGACUAGAUGGGGUCCCUUCCAAUUCUGUGAUUCUAUGAUAGCUGUCAUAGUCCACGCUGUUGUAGUCCGAUGGCAUCAGGAAGGCCACGCACCCAUCAAUGCCAGCUCUGACCAGUAGAAGCUCUCCAGACAGAACAUCUUCCCCAUCAUUGACUCCUGGAGCCAGGAACUACAACUCCCAUCAGCCCCAGGUAGUACUGUCAAAUGGCCAGGGGUGGUGGGAGCCGUAGUCCGGCGAGACUUUGAGGGCGCCAGGUUGAACGCUGGACCUUCUGUGUGCAAAGGAGUCCAGCUAAAAUUCCUUUGCUAGACCGUGGCAAAUCUCCUUCGCCCUUCCCGCCAUUUUGGGGGAAGCAUCAAAUUCAGCUUUCAUUUUAAAGAGAAAACUAAACUGAGUCACAAAAAGCAAAGCGUGUUAAGGUUCUAGUCUUUAAAAGUUUGUGGGCAAAGUCUGGAGAAGCCUCAUUAGCUAGAAAAGGGAGUCCGUAGGGUUUCUAGCGGCUGUCUGUCAUGUGGCCGAGAAGUGGGAUAAAUUUCUGCCAUGUAUGCAGAUAUAUGCAAAGGAACUUCCACUUUUCGGCUACUGAGGCUUAACGUUAACUUCUUGCUUUUAAAAAAUACGACGCUGCCCUGACUUGGCUGAAAUGACUGGGCUUACACAGGAGGAAGCUGUUCUGCCCCAAACAAUGUGCCACUAAAAGCCAAUUCCAGCCCCCAGAUUUAUUACUAUUUAUUUAUACAGUGCAAUCAAAUGUACACCAUGGUUUACAAAACUCAGGCAGGUUUUUGGCAACUGGUUGUAGCUAACGCUCAUGGUGGUUAGGAAUAGAAGCUGAACACCAGAUUUUUUUUGGGUGGUGAGGGUGGGAAUGGAGGAAAGACAAGGUGAGUGGGCUGUUACCUUUUUUGUUGCCUCUGGGGUUCUUGGAGAUGUCGUAACUGGCUACUCUGGGAAACGGAUGCUGGACUUAAGGCCUUUGGCCUGAUCCACCCUAAAAUUUUGAUAAGUGAAGAUGACCGGCUGAGGUGGGUGGGGGCCAGGAAAAGUGAUGGAAAACAUGGACACCUCAGCGCCCCUUUUCUCCCUUCACCUGUGAAAUGGGUCUAAAAAGCGAAGCAGCACGAGAGGGUCGGAGUUGCAUCUCAUCCCCAGAACUCAUCACGCGAGAGAAUCUCUCUGGACCUUCAAGGACUUUGUACCUCUGAGGCGUGGGCUAGGUCCCUUCCGUUGCAUCCCGAGAUAGUCCUACUUAUAUCCAAAACCAAUGUAGUCAAUAUUUAUGCCUUGUAUUUUCCAACACUUGCUCUUUCUUCUUCUGCCCCCCUCCCCCUUUCUCCUUACCUGAGAAUUUCCCUCAGGUUUUCAACCUUUGAUUCCCAGGCAAUGUUAACUUCCCUUAGGUGGUCUUGUAAUAAAUCCUUCCCUCUUUAUGGCGACAUAUAUUUAUCUCUGUAUAUCUAUAUACUUGAAAAAUGAUGGCUGAGUGUAUCUCCUACCUUUGUUUGUUUGAUUUUUUAAAAAAGACAACUAAUAAUAACAAGAAGUUGAGAUUAAACAUUCUUUUUUCAGUCUG